GAAGUGGGUGUGGCCAGUGAGCUUGUGGCGGUGGAGGUGGAAAGGAGGGGGGAAUCACAAGACAAGCAGAGACACGGAGAGUAGCUGUACAGCAAAAAGGCCGCAUUGCCAGUGUGAGUUUUUUCCUCCUGUGCAAUCCUAGUGCAAUAAUGUGCAACAGACAGUGGCGGCAUUGCGCCCGCGUUCGUGCAGAUUAGCGCUUUCUAACCGGUAGAGGAUUGUGUUUACGCACCGACGUCGACCCCCUUUUCCUCUUGACUUUGGUAGCGAGGAAGGGGGGUGAGAAGGAGGAGUAAAAAAAAGUACCAGUGAGUGAGGUCAGCAGCAUAGCAUGAGUCAACCUUGGGGAUGUAUGCAGUCAUCAUCGCGGGUCGGUAUUGUGCGGGCCUGCUGCCGCUGCUGGCCGCGCAGAGCUGCGAGUGUGCGAUCCUGCGGGCUGAGCUGCCGCGAGUAGCAGCUUUCAUGACAAAACACAGGUGUUGCCUGUGAAUGAGAAGAACACGCAGACUUCUUCAGAUCUACUCACCCCAGGCCAGCGACCUCUGAAUGGGUCACAAAGAACUUCAGAGGGCAAGAGAAGAUUAUCUUGGUUGACCUGGCUCAUGGUCACUCUGAUGUCAAUGUAGCUUUACAGCUCUAUUUUAUUUUAUCGUGGGUACCCUUUAAUUUUUGGAUUGAUAUAUUCAAAGUGACCCGGUGGAGCAUUAGCAGUCAGUUUGGUUGAAAAUAUUUACCUGGCUAGGCUUAUUCAUGCCCGUCAUGAGUGUGCCAGCCCAGCAGAAACCCAGUGCCAAAAGAACAGGCAAACGCAUCACGUUUUUCAACGAUCAAAGCGUAGCAAUGAAGGAGACUUCUCAGCACCCUGAAGGGUCCUAUUAUGUCCCAGGUGGCACUGCCUCAGACCCCGGACAGAGCGAGGCUGCAAGCACCGUGACCUCCAAUCCAGAGGGACCUCACAUGUACCUCAACUCUGUCAUCUUCAGCCCAGAUAAGGGUGACCAGAGCAGGGGCCAUUAUCAGCAGACUGUACCUAUGAAGUGGGCCCACCAGGAGCCCAGUCAGCAGCAGCCAUCGCUGUCCCAGCAGCAGAGAGCUGCCUCCUGGACCCCCAUGCCUAACUGGGGACAAAACUUUACGAAUUACAUCGGAGGAGUUAGCGUAACAGACUCACGGACCCAGAAUGCAUUUGUAAAGUCGAUGCAUGAGACUUCUGGCUUACAGCCGCAUCAACAGCACCCUAACAGAGCUGCAGACAAGCAGCCUCUAGGGGCCAACCCUGCAGUAGAGGCUUACAGGGAUGCAGUUAAGGCUCGGGGCAUGGAGUGGGAGCAGCAGCAGCAGCAGCAGCAGCAGCAGCAGCAGCAGUCCCAGGCCUUUCAGGAGACCUUAAAACCCGGGGCACUGAACACCCAGCAGCAUAGCACAUCCCACUCGGGGGGAAGCUCAGUUUUGCAGCCCUUCCAGUUGGCCUUUGGUCAGCCUAAGCAGCACCUGCCAGCCUACUACCAGACCUUUCAAGGCAACAGAACGACCCUGCCUAACCCACCUAACUACUCAACACAGGUAAAACACCCACACCAGUUACAGCAGCUGCAGAAGCAAGAGCAAAUACAACGGCAGCAACAGCAACAACAUCACAUAAUCCAGCAGCAAAUUCAGCAGCAGCAGCACCAUCAACAAAUGCAGCAGCAACAAAUCAUUCAGCAUCAACAGCAUGUACAGCAGCAACUACAGCAACAGCAACAAAUACAGCAUGAGCAGCAGCAACAAAAGAUACAACAACAGCAACAACAACAACAGCAGCAGCAAAUACAACAACAGCAGCAGCAGCAACAGCUCCAGAUUCAGCAGCAAAUGCAACAUCAGCAGUUGCAACAACAAAACCCUCAUGUGCUUGACUAUUACCCUGGUGCACAAAAUGCACACCCUCACCCCCAUCCACAGCCUGUGGUGGUACACUCCCAGGAGUCCUCUGCUCCAGCUCCCCCAAAGAUCCAGGAACCAGUCAUCCAGGACAUCACCCCAGAGCCCCAGCAGUCGUCAGAUCCCCUGCAGCCCCCUCUCCAGGCUGAGCCCCUGUCCCAGUCACAGCCCCAGACACAGCUCCAGUCCCAAACACAGCUACGCAGGUCACGACGGCUCUCCAAGGAAGGGGGGGCACCAUCCGACAACCCUUUUCUCCCCGGCUCUACGGAUCAGGCAGCCCCGGGGCUACAGGGCUCCCAGAACGGGGCCCGUGACAUCCAGGCGGCUCCAACGGGCGUCAUCCAGAGCACGCGCAGGAAACGCAGGGUGUCCCAGGAGGUCAACCUGGAGACCCUUGCUCAGAAGGCCUCGGAAAUGGAGUCUUUACCACAUGUUGUCAAGGAGCCCCACAGACCAUGGAGUCCCACCGAAUCAGAGGGUCUGAACGCCAAGCGGCCUCGCGACGACAACCUUGUGCCACUCGUCAUCCCCGUGUCUGUUCCAGUCCGGAGGCAGGAACCCUCUUCCCCCGACAAAGAUGAAGCAGCCCUGGCUUCCAGCUGGCCCCCCAGGCCUUCGAACCCCCAGGACCUUGGCCGUGCAGACCACAAACCCUCGGUCAUUGUCACCCGGAGACGCUCACUUAGGAACUCUCUGUCAGAGAGUUCAGAGCAGAAUGGCGGCGCAGAGGGGGAGAAAGACGACGACGGCAAAAAGUCCAAACGGCGUCCCCGGCCUGAGCCUCUCUUCAUCCCGCCACCUAAACCUGGCUUAUUCAUCGCUCCGCCUGUCUACUCCAGCAUCACGCCUUUCCAGAGCCACUUGCGCUCCCCUGUACGCCUCGCUGACAACCCCCUCACCAUGCCCCCCUACACACCUCCACCGAUCCUCAGCCCUGUCCGUGAAGGCUCCGGCCUCUACUUCUCCACUUUCCUGUCUUCUGCUGCGGCCGCUGCAGCCGGCAGCCAGGGCCUGCCGCCCCCUGCUACACCCAAGUCGGCCACACGCAGCCUGUUGCGUUCUAACAGCUGCGACAUCACACCACCAGUUCUGUCUGCUAUGAGCGAGGCCACUCCAGUCAGCAUCGAGCCACGGAUAAAUAUUGGGUCGCGGUACCAGGCGGAGGUGCCAGAGCUGAGGCAGCGGUCAGCUGUCGAGUUGGAUCACCACGGCGCGGAUCUGGUCUGGGCUCCAAUGAAUGAGCUAGAGGAAAAACCUGACUUCCACGAAAAAGUGGAAGACCUCAUGCACCUAGCCUGCUCCAGUGUUUUGUGUGGAGGAGGCACCAACCAGGAAUUAGCCCACCAUUGUCUGUACGAAUGCAAAGGGGACAUAAUGGCUGCUCUGUCGCUCCUGAUGCUGAAGAAUCCAAUUUUCUCCAAGUCUCAUCACCUGUCAAACUACCACUACUCAGGAUCAGACAGCUGGACAGCAGCUGAGAGACGCCAGUUCAACAAAGGCAUCACUGCGUACAAGAAGGACUUCUUUAUGGUGCAGAAACAGGUGACCACUAAGACGGUGGCGCAGUGUGUGGAGUUUUACUACACAUACAAAAAACAUGUCAAGAUCGGCCGCAACGGGACGCUGAUGUACGGGGAGGCAGAGCCUUUGGAGAGCAGGACCACUGAGGAGGAGAUGGACCACAAGGGCUCUCACAAACUGGAGCCACAGCGGGAGGAGGACAGCAGGAAGUGGGAAGGGUCAGCUGACAGGAAACCGGAUGUCGGCCCCACCAGGGUGACACACACGCUGCAGUCCACUGAGAACCCGGGGACCGUCCUGAUCAUGAAAGGCCAGGACGACGUGGGGAGGGACCAGCCGCUGUCCCGGGUCAUCCACGCCCCUCAUCCACCACCUCCCAGCUCCAAAUCACGCUACGAUGGCAACGCGCGCCGAACGAGCCCUUCGACAGGCAACAAAGGCUCGGCCGGUCAGGAGGGAGAGUUCCCCUGCAAGAAAUGCGGCAGGAUUUUCUACAAGGUGAAGAGCCGCAGCGCCCACAUGAAGAGCCACGCCGAGCAGGAGAAGAAGGCCGCAGCGCUGCGUCAGAAAGAGGCUGAGGAACGAGCGGCAGCGAAAGCAGCAGCCGAGGCCGCCGCCAUCCUGGCCGCUCGGCAGCAGAACGGGACACGACAGGGGGGCGGGGACAGCACCAACGAUGACUCCUCAGACAGGGAGGAUGAGGACGACGAGGACUGGCAGUGAGAGGAAGGCCACACGCUUUUGACUAUAUAGGGUGGCUUGUUCUCUGGGACAGGAGGAGGAAGAGUUUUUAAAACGAAGAAGAAGAAUCCCUCCUGUGAACUCGCUGUACAUUUUGUGGAACAAGAAGACUUCCGUUGCUUGGCACAUUCAGGGACAGAUUUACUCCCGUGUAUGUGUUUUAAGUGUGAAUGUGUGGACUGAGUGUGUGUGUGUUUGUGUGUGUGUAUGUAUGUGUGUGUGUGUGUGUGUGUGUGUGUGUGUGUGUGUGUGUGUGUUAACUCACCAACGCCCCUUUACUCUGCUUGAAAAGCUUUUCAGGAGUUACCUCUCUUGGUCACAGGGCUCGGUCAAAAUCAAAGCCAUGCCGCUCCUCUCGGCGCUGUCCCGCUCUCCACGCCAGGCCGCGGCCUUCCUCAGCACUUUGAGUCUCGCCCUGCUUCGUUUUGUCAGGCGUGGAACUUGUUGGACCCCUUUUCUUUCUUUCUCUCUCUCUCUCUCUCUCUCUCUCUCUCUCUGUCUCAAUGAGCCACAGCACGCGCUUGCUCUUAAGCUGCAUCCCAACUGCCCAGCAUCGGAUGAAGUUUUGACGAUGGGAGUUAUGAAAUCUGACAGCUGGGGGGCGGCGAGGCGAACAAACGGACAGGGUCGCGCUGUAAGUUUUUCUGCCCCGAGAAGGACAGAUGGAUGGAUGGCAUGUGUAAACUGUUGCCUCUGUUUUCGCCGCUCUUCUGCACUCGAGGCUGCCAAAAGCUUUCUCAGACGCAUGAUGUGCACCAAAUGGAUUCCCUCUCUCUGUGAGCGUUGUUCAUUUGGGCUUUAGUUCUGUGAAUCCCCCCUCCCUUCAGCCCUUGUCACUUUUUACAGUUCACAGUUUGUUCCUCACUGUUGAUGCCUUGGAUGUUUUGAUGCUUUUUAUCUUGAAAUGACAAUCAAUUUUACACUGUUGUUGUUUUUUUUAUAUAAAUAUAUAUAUACAGGUAAACGUUACUUUUUCUGCCUGUGUAGCUAUAUAUGGUUAUUGUUGUUUUUGUGAAUAUUCUUGUUGAUGAUUAUUAAUAUUAUUAAUAUUAUUAUAUCCUGGUUUGGCUGCAAUUUAAUUGAGCGCUUUUCUGUACUUGUCCGUAGCCUCUUUUUUUUUUUCUUUCUUUUUUUUUAUUUAAACAAAAAACAAAAAUAAUGCUACUUGCUGCCUGUUUAUAACUGUGAGAUUUUUUUUAUUUUUAUUUUUUUUGGAAGCCAGACAUGAAGAAAAAGGCAGAAACGUAUGUGCAAUAGUUGACCCCCUGUUACCAGAGUGUCCAAGCCUCCCCCCUGUCCUGCCCUCCUCCCUCUCCCUCACCCCUCCCUCUCUGUGUCAUGCUUACGCCCCGGCUGCUCUGGAUGCCUCGCUGUCAACCCUGUAACUGAUAUGAGGCACUGACUCUGCAGGUCUCUAUAGAUACACAUAACAAAGCGGGAAAGACAACAAACAGCACAAACUAAUUCAAGACACAUAUUUUGGAAAUAGAUAGCCACGUUUAUGACAUGGUCACUACCCUGAAUAACUUACUGCAGGAACACUGUUCACUGCAAACCAAGUUUUUACAAGUUUUUACAUGAAGUUUUGAGCACACAUUUUCUCCUAUUUUUCUUUUAGACUGACAUGGUCUUUGCUUUUUGAACCACAUAUCAACAUCUAUACCAUGUGCUUUCUACCGAUUAACAGACUGUUAAUAAUAGUCAAAAAUUACUGAUAAAAACAGGCACUAAUAGAAACUUUACUGUACACCAUACAUAGCCCAGAUUUUGCAUUUCUAGACCAGAGAUUUUGAAUGCUGACACAAUAUUUACAUAUGCGCUCCCUAUCCCAGCAUGUCAGCCACUGUUUACUUUUGACGGUUCCCACAAACUGUUGCUGAUAGCAAAUAAGUUACUGACAAAAAUAAUGACUUAAAGGCAGUAAGAAAAGCAACAGCCCUCUUAACUGCAAACUGCUUAACUUGAACUCAGAUUUUGCAGGUUUCUACAGGACCUUCUGAUGCCAGAAUUUUCCUGGUUGCUUACUUUUUUACUUGAUUUUGUAUUUACUAUAACAAACAGGCUUUAAGAGAAAGAAAAUUCUUUUUUGCAAACCAUACUUAACUCAGAUAUCACUGGAUUUUUACAGAGGAAUCUUAAUGCCAUUAUCAGAUGCAUAUUUUCACAAUAAAAGCCACUGUUUCUAAAUCAAAUCCUUUUUAUGCCAGAACGAUUAACAAUAUUGUUUAUCUUUUUUGCAUGGACUGAGUGUCUGAAGCUGAAUUUAGUUUGUGACACUAAAACACUCCGUUGAAACUUUGACUUUGUGGGAAGGGCAGCACGACACAGUUAACGUAUGCAUAAAGGGAAACUAUUGAAUAAUUUAAUGAAAAAACGUGCAAAUAUAGUAACAUUUAAAUGUAGAUUUGACAGUCUGCCAAAGUAUGGUGGUGGUUAGGAAAGAAUUUAUAACAUCAGAAUGUCUUUGCUGUUACUAAAGGCCAAUAUCCAGAUCAAUAUUUUGCAUCAGUCUAACCCCAUGAUGUGUAUCUAUGGUUGCCUUUUCUCUGUUUACCUUGUUGCUGAUAGCAGGCACUGAAUUGGACUAUGGAAACGGCAUGUUUUGAUCUAUCUCUGUCUACAUAUCUCUACGUUAAGCCCUUCGGCCCGGAGCCAGCUCCUGUUGCCAUAGCAACAAAUGGGUUAAAGGGUUAUUUUCCUUUAAAGGACAAACCACAGUGGGGAGUUGGGGGAGAAACGGCUCCAGUUACCAGUUACUCCACAAGUUAAACCUGGGUCUAUGCACAGACUGUUUGUGUGUGUGCGUGUGUGUGUGUUUGCGUGACUGUGUGUGUUUUGGUGAGUGGGCAUACUGUUAAAAGUGUGUGUGUGUGUGUGUGUGUGUGUGUGUGUGUGUGUGUGUGUGUGUGUGAGUGCUUUGAGGUCAAAUGUUUAACUGUAUGCCAGUUAAUGGGAAAAAAAACAAGUUUUGCAGACUGUUCACAUGUUUGGUAUGUUAAUUUAUAUUUCCUUUUUAUUUGGGCUUGUCUUGAGGUUCUCACGGGGGGAAAGUUGUCAUGAAAAAGGUUUUCAAGCUGUUUUAAAAAAAAACAAAGGAUUAUGGAUGAAAUUGAGGCCAUGGCACAAACAUGGCUGUAAACUUUCCUCAUUUCAUCCAGUCGGUUAAGGGAAUUUUGGGGGUAAAAAGGUUUAUUUAGCUAAAGAUUAGAAAAUAUAUAUGAAUGAAAAUCUAUGUUUGCAUACUUUCUAUGCUAUUUUCAUAUGGGGUUCACACUAAUGAUGAAAACGGAAAGGAAUCUCAAGUGCUUUUUACUACAGUGUAACUUAUUUGUUUCGAUUUGAUUUUUACCACCUGUGUUUUCAGUAAUGAUUCAUGAAGCACUGUAUAUUAAAGUUUUAAAAUAUUCAGCAA